AUGAUAUUCUCUGAGAUGAGCACGCUUUCUGGGUCCCCUAAGGUGCACCCUCCUAAUGGAACUCGGUUUUAUACUUUCCAGGAAUUUGCUGCACUUACAAAAGAACUAAAUGCAUGUAGGGAACAACUACUGGAAAAAGAAGAAGAAAUUUCAGAACUGAAAGCUGAAAGAAAUAAUACAAGACUGUUACUGGAACAUUUGGAGUGCCUUGUUUCAAGACAUGAAAGGUCACUGAGAAUGACAGUGGUGAAACGACAAGCACAGUCUCCCUCAGGAGUUUCCAGUGAAGUUGAGGUUCUGAAAGCAUUGAAGUCUUUGUUCGAACACCAUAAGGCUUUAGAUGAAAAGGUAAGGGAACGACUAAGGGUUUCUUUAGAAAGAGUCUCAGCGCUUGAAGAGGAACUAGCAGCUGCUAAUCAGGAGAUUAUAGCUUUGCGUGAACAAAAUGCACACAUUCAAAGAAAAAUAACGUCAGGGGAGGGUCCACCUGAUACAGAGCAUAUCAAAGGAAUGGAACCUGGACAAAAAGUUCAUGAAAAGCGUCUAUCAAAUGGCUCUAUAGACUCAAAUGAUGAGACUACUCAGUUGGUAGAACUUCAAGAACUUCUCGAAAAGCAAAAUUAUGAAAUGGCACAGAUGAAGGAUCGCUUGGCUGCACUGUCUUCCAGAGUUGGAGAGGUGGAGCAAGAUGCAGAGACCGCUAGGAAGGACCUCAUUAAAACUGAAGAACUGAACAGCAAAUAUCAGAGAGAUAUUAGAGAGGCUAUGGCCCAGAAAGAAGAUAUGGAAGAAAGGAUAACUACCCUGGAGAAGCGUUACCUAAGUGCACAGAGGGAAUCCACUUCUAUACAUGACAUGAAUGAUAAGCUGGAAAAUGAACUCGCAAACAAGGAAGCCAUCCUGCGCCAGAUGGAAGAAAAAAACAGGCAGCUGCAAGAACGUCUCGAGUUAGCUGAGCAAAAGCUACAGCAAACAAUGAGAAAAGCUGAGACUUUACCAGAGGUGGAGGCAGAAUUGGCCCAGAGAAUUGCAGCACUGACUAAGGCAGAAGAAAGACAUGGCAAUAUUGAAGAACGCAUGAGGCACCUAGAGGCUCAGUUGGAAGAGAAGAAUCAAGAACUUCAAAGGGCAAGGCAAAGAGAAAAAAUGAAUGAAGAGCAUAACAAAAGAUUGUCUGAUACUGUGGACAGACUUUUGACAGAAUCUAAUGAACGUUUGCAGCUACAUUUGAAAGAGAGAAUGGCAGCGUUGGAAGAAAAGAAUGUUUUAAUACAAGAAUCAGAAAGCUUCAGAAAGAAUUUGGAAGAAUCUUUACAUGAUAAGGAAAGAUUAGCAGAAGAGAUAGACAAGCUGAGAGCUGAACUUGACCAGUUGAAAAUACGAGCAGGUUCUUUAAUUGAGCCCACAUUGUCAAGAACACAUCUUGAUUCAUCAGCAGAACUGAGGUACUCUGUGAGCUCACUAGUUGAUAGUCAACCAGAUUAUAGGUCUACUAAAGUGAUAAGGAGACCUAGAAGAGGUCGUAUGGGAAUCCGAAGAGAUGAACCAAAGGUAAAAUCCCUUGGAGAUCAUGACUGGAAUAGAAAUCAACCAGUUGGAGUUCUAAGCAGCCAUCCUUUUGAGAGCGACACUGAAAUGUCUGAUAUAGAUGAUGAUGAUAGAGAUACAAUUUUUAGUUCAAUGGACCUUCUGUCACCAAGUGGACAUUCCGAUGCUCAGACCCUUGCUAUGAUGCUUCAGGAACAACUAGAUGCAAUCAAUAAAGAAAUCAGGUUAAUCCAGGAAGAAAAAGAAUCCACAGAACUGCGUGCUGAAGAAAUAGAAAAUAGAGUUGCUAGUGUGAGUCUAGAAGGCUUAAAUCUGGCAAGGGUUCAUCCUGGAACAUCUAUCACUGGCUCAAUUACCGCAUCUUCGCUAGCAAGCUCCUCUCCUCCCAGUGGGCACUCAACUCCUAAACUCACUCCCCGCAGCCCAGCUAGGGAGAUGGAUCGGAUGGGCAUCAUGACACUGCCAAGUGAUCUCAGGAAACAUCGAAGAAAGAUUGCAGUAGUUGAAGAAGAUGGACAUGAAGACAAAGCUACAAUAAAAUGUGAAACCUCCCCUCCACCUACACCUAGAGCCAUUAGAAUGACUCACACUCUACCUUCUUCAUACCACAAUGAUGCCAGAAGUAGUUUGACUGCAUCCCUGGAGCCAGAAAGUAUUGGCUUUGGCAGUGUCAAUAGCAGCCAGGAUUCCUUGCACAAAGCUCCCAAGAAGAAAGGAAUAAAGUCUUCAAUUGGGCGCUUGUUUGGUAAAAAAGAGAAGGCACGACUUGGAGAGCUGAGAGGCUAUAUGGAAACGGAAGCUGCAGCACAAGAAUCUCUCGGAUUAAGCAAACUUGGAACACAGGCAGAGAAAGACCGAAGGCUAAAGAAAAACACAUCAGGGCAUGAACUUCUAGAGGAAGCUCGGAGGAAGGGGUUACCCUUUGCACAGUGGGAUGGGCCCACAGUAGUUGCCUGGCUAGAGCUGUGGCUAGGCAUGCCUGCAUGGUACGUUGCUGCUUGCCGUGCAAAUGUGAAAAGUGGUGCCAUUAUGUCUGCGCUGUCAGAUACUGAAAUCCAGAGAGAAAUUGGAAUCAGCAAUCCUCUCCAUCGCCUGAAGCUCCGUCUGGCAAUCCAGGAGAUGGUGUCACUCACAAGCCCAUCAGCCCCUCCAACUUCUAGAACG